CUUCAUUUCAAUUUCACAUUUCAGUUUCUGAUGCAUUUUGUUGUCAAUUUUUUUCAGAAAAAUUUUACAAACUUCAACUCUUAGGAAAAAUGUAUCACGUUGCAAAAUUCUACGUUCUACGACGUUUAACGGUACCAUUGCGUUAUUCUACCAUUAAAGGAGGUCCUGUGGAAGGCAAAGACGGUAAAGGUGAUUCCAAAUGUUCACCGAAAAAGAAAGCCGAUCUAUGUGCUGAUAAAAAAGGUGAUAAAGGUGGCGCAGAUGGAAAAGCUGGGAAAGAUGAAAAAGGCAGUAAAGAUGAAAAAGGCUGUAAGGUUGCCAUGGAAAGCAAAGAUGGAAAAGCUGGAAAGGAUAGCAAGGAUGGGAAGGAGGCAAAAGCUAUGAAGUGUGGCGGCGUUACACCAACCGAUGGCAAGAAAGCUGAAAGCUUAGGUGGCCCGGGAAGGGAACCCAGUUGCAAGGCGAAGAAGAAGCCACCAACUAAAGGCAGCAGCACGGCGGGGGCGCUUAGAAAAAUCUGUUUAUUCGGCGUCAUACCGGCAGUCGUGGCGCUCAAUGUACUAGUUUUUGCCACAAGAACUCAUGAAGAGCGCGAAGAAUUCAAAAAAUGGCCACAUUUGUAUAAGCGCGACAAGCCCUUUCCCUGGGGCGAUGGAGUAAAAUCAUUUUUCCACAACCCACAUACCAACCCGUUACCAGAAACAGGCUAUGAAGACGAAUAAAAUGGUUACUUAAAAAUCUCUAAAAUAUAUAAUAUAUGUAUUUAUCGAAAUUAUCAGGCGACAAAAAAAUUUACAUAAAUAUACAUAUUAACAUUUUUUUAUAUCCGGUAUAUAAUCGCAAUUGA